GGGGACAACAAACUGCCUUUUGCUCUGUCAUGUUGGUUCUUGCUCAAAGAAUGAUGAUGUCAAAGCAGUCUCUAGCCUUCGCUGUUCUUGCUCUCACUUGCUUUCUGUGUUUCACCCCAUGCACAGAGUCACUGGCUGUUGGAAAUGAAGGAAAACAGGUUGGACUGCUUGUGUUUGAUGUUGCAAACAAUUAUCCUACUAAGCAUAAAAUCCAGAAUCAUGGGCUCAAUGAAGCUACUGCCAACUACCAAAAAGGAGACCCUAAGCCAGUUGAGGCAACUGCUUCUUUGUCUACGCACAAUCAGAAGAUACCUUCUACAGCCUCACCCCAACCACGUGACAAGAAGGAAAGCGAGAACCAAUGCCGAUGGUGCAUUGCUAAGCCAUCCACUUCAGCUGCUAAACUUGAUGAGAUUAUCCAGUACUGCUGCACCCAGUACGGAAUUGAUUGCGGAGUCAUCCAAUAUGGCGGUGCAUGUUACACCCCCGCCACCAACAAAGUCUCUGAUGCAUCGGUGGUUAUGAAUCUUUACUACAACCUUGCCGGAAAGAAUGACUUCAACUGCUAUUUCGGGGGCAGCGGCCUCAUUGUCACCCAGGACCCAUCUGUUGACGAAUGCUUCUACGCUUGAUGAGGAUAUAUGAUGGCUAACUAAAUAAAGUGAAGCUAUGGAAGCUAAGAUGGUUGGAUGCUUCUAGACUAGUUCAUAAAUUAGUUUAAAGACUGAAUGUGUAUGGAAUGAUGUAUACAAAUGAAAUGGACUAGUCUUUUUAUCUGAUGGGUAUAUAAACAUGGACAGAAUGUCUACUGGUGCCUUAAUCCUA